CGAGCGGUGCGGGGUCUGGGGUGGGUCUGGGGGUGUACGCGGCGGAGAGCAAAGGAAAAAGCGGGUGAUCUCCAUCCCAAAAGCCUCCCCUUGCCCUGAGCCGCCCUGUGUGCCUGGCCUGAGGCCGCCGCCUCCAGGAAGCUCUCCCACCUUGGAGCCUGGUUCCAGACCUCGGCGUAAUCGCUACUUGUGUGUUUAUGCGGAAGCUCUAGCUCGGUGGAGCCAUGAGGAACCGAUCUCUCCGCCUGGCUCCCUUGCUUCCUGCUUGCCAUUCAGCAGCGGAGUGGGGUGUUCAAGUCAUCGUACGGAGCACAGGCUCUGGAGUCCGGUGGACUGGUUUCGAAUCCCAGUUUUGCCACUUGCAGGCUUUGUGACUUUAGGCAAGGAUGAUUGCCAAGAUCCAACAAGUAGACAUGGGUCUUGGGCUCCCAGAGAAAAAGAAGAAGAAGAAGAAAGGGGUCAAAGAGUCAGAGAUUCAGUAUUCGGCUUUAAAAGGUGAUUAUUUCACAGCAGCUUCUCCUCGAAGAGCCACAUCCCCCUCUAAGAAUGUGGUCCAGGCACCCGAAGUGCCUCUAGUGAAGAAGAAGAAGAAAAAGAAAGUCCUUUCCAAGGACCACCUAGAACCUGAGACUGUGUUGCGGGUCAGACGGACAGAAAAGUCGCCCAGCUCCAGGAAGCAGGCCCUUGGCCUUACUGAGUUCCACAGUGGGGACAAAAAAAAGAAGAGGAGGUCCUUGUCAACUCUGGCUGUGUCCCAUGGCCUAGGAGUAGAGACCUCUCUGAACCCCAGACAAAGUGAGGAGGAAACCAAAGUUGGCAAGAAGCUCAAAAAGCACAAGAAAGAGAAAAGGGCCCAGGACAGCAUAGCCUUCUCAGCCCAGAACCCUUGGCUCUGUGAGGCUGGGGAUGCUCUGUGUGCAUGUGCUCUGGGAAAGGACUGUGAGGAACUGACAACCUCGGGGCAGAAACGGAAACAGGGGAGCCCCAGGGAACACCGCAUCAAGAUGAAGAAGAAAAAGAAAAUCUAUCAGGAGGGAGACUUGCCUCUGGGCCACCUCGAGGUCUUCAGGUCCACAGAGAACAGCCCUAAGAAAGGGAGUAAAAAGAAGCCAGCCAAAGCCGAGGUUCUGGAAUACAUCCCAAUAGGAGAUGAGCCCAAAACUCUAGUGAAGAAGAAAACCAAGUCCAAGAAGCAGGCAGAGCAGCCAGGCAUUGAGGAGCCAGCUCUGAAGAGGAAGAAAAAGAAGAGGAGGAAAGAGAGCAGGGUAGCAGGAGAAUCUGGUGAGGAGGAACCAGACCCAGACUUAGAAGUGGUAUUGGAAAAGAAAGGCAACAUGGAUGAGGCGCACAUAGACCAGGUGAGGCGAAAGGCCUUGCAAGAAGAGAUUGAUCGUGAGUCAGGCAAGACGGAAGCUUCCGAAACCAAGAAGUGGACAGGAACCAAGUUUGGCCAAUGGGAUACUGCUGGUUUUGAAAACGAGGACCAGAAACUGAAAUUCCUCAAACUGAUGGGUGGCUUUAAAAAUCUGUCCCCUUCAUUCAGACGUCCCCCUAGCAUGAUCAGAAGGCCCAACAUGGCGCUUGACAAGAAGGCGGCCGACACCCUGCAGCAGAACCUGCAGCAGGACUAUGACAGGGCCAUGAGCUGGAAGUACAACCGGGGAGCUGGCCUCGGCUUCUCCUCAGCCCCAGGCAAAGGCUUUUAUAUUGACAGGAACGCUUCCAAGUCCAUUAAGUUUGAAAAUUAAACUCUCUGGGUCUUGUUGGUGGGGGGUGGUGAGCCAAAAUUGCUUUUCUUAUUCAGUUAUGCAGAUGAAAGCUAUCUGACAGUUGUCUCAAGUUGAACUGCUGCAAAGAUUAAGGACAACUAUCUUGAUGUACUCGAAGGAACCAGGGUUGGGGCAGUUCAUGUUUCAGGAGCCAGGAACAUCGGAGUGGCUAAAAGCUAUUUUCCAUGCUAAACACUCCAUCUCUAUUUGAAGACGACAGCGUGUAUCAAUAAUAGCUAACAUCUGUUGGGGGGUCUGGAUGGUGCAAAUGGUUAACAUGCUUGGCUGCUAAGCAAAAGGUUGGAGGUUUGAGUCUACCCAGAGGCACCCCAGAAGAAAGGCCUGGUGAUCUCCUUCCAAAAAAAAUCAGCCAUUUAAAACCCCAUGGAGCACAGUUUUACUCUGACACACAUGGGGUCACCAUGAGUUGGAAUCAACUCAGUGGCAACUUUUUUUUUUUUUUUUUAACAUUUGUUGAGUGUUUAGUAUGGGCCAGACACUGUGUUGAAGUGUUUUCCUUGCAUUAUUGUAUUUAAUCUUCACAAUUCUGUGAAAUAGGUGCUAUUAUUAUUCCCAUCUUACAGAUGAGAAAACUGAGGUAUAGGGAGGAAGUAAUAAAAUUGCCCAGGGUCACCCAACCAGUUAAGUGCAGGUAUACUUUUAUACCCCAAGUCUUAAGUCCCAAUUCACUAUGUCAUGUCCCUUCUAGGCAAUAUCACCUGGAAUACUUGGGAUUAAAAUGUCUUUUGGUUUAAGAAAUAUAAGUUCUAUUAUAUGUCUAAAUCUCAAACAGGAAGUAAAACUAAUGAUAAAAGAGGAGAACCAAGCUCAUUUUGCCAUUCCCCGUCUCGGGGUAGCUGCAGGCUUGUGAAAUGCUACCAAGCCAACAUGGCUGCACUUUCUCUGCAGGUGUGAAAUGUAUUUCUAAACCCAUCUUGCCUUUGCCAACUGCCUUCAAAUCUAAAGCACUGGGCUUGGAUUUAAUCUUUUUGUGCUUUACCUAGACUCAGCAAGGCAUUUUUAAAGUGGUCAGUCCUCCAAAGAGGAGCCCUGGUAGCAUGGUGGUUAAGCGCUUGGCUGCUAACUGAAAGGUUAGAGGUUCAAACCCACCAGCUGCUUCAUGGGAGAAAGAUGUCAGCCUUGGAAACCCUAUGGGGUAGUUCUACUCUGUCGUACAGGGUUGUUGAGUUGGAAUCAACUUGAUGGCAAUGGGUUUUUUUUUUUUUUUUGGCAUUCAGUCCUCCAAAUGACCCAAUGGCAGGUUCUUAGAUGUGUUUUAUUCUUUGUGUCACAAGGAAGAGAAGCACAGGUGACUUGUGUGGUGGAGGUCAAGUGCAGGGAGGCACAGGCAUGGGGAUGACACAGGAAAUGGGCUCAUCACUCUGGGGACAAUGAUUUCCAUGUCUCCAAGGUUGGACUCCCCAGCAAACCUCAAAGAACUCCAGGUCCAAUGACCUGAGUAACCUGUGUUCACCUUCUUCCCAUUCACCUAGCAUUCUGCAUCCCAAAAUACAGGUUCUGAUUGGGUCAGUUUCACAUCACAACUACAGACAUCCCAGCUCAGGCCAGCCUAAACAGGAAAUACCAUGUUUCACAUGACAGGAAGUUCUGAUAUAAGGCCUUGGUUCAUCCGCUCACUAAGGAAACAUUCUUUUCCUCUCUGCUCCAUCAUUCUCAGUGUUGGCUUCAUCAGGAUGGCAGAAGAAUGGCUGUAGCCAUGCCAGGCAGCAUAUCAAGACACUACAAACAUUCCAGAAAAGAAAAACCUUUUUUGUGGCUCAAAAUGGGUCACAUGCAUAUUCCUGGACCAGCCCCUCAGGGAAGGGGGAAAACCCUCAGGCCAUUUAGGAAGGAAGAACUGAGCAGAUGCUGGCAAAAUGAAGAUGAUGUCCCCUACUACGCCACUGAGCAGAGGUGAGCCAGGCCACUUCAGAUGGCUGGCCUUCCCUGGGCCCUGACCCCUGACCAGCAUGGAUUCUGUGCCAGUGUGCACUAGCAAGAAUCCAUUUGGUCCACUUCCUUCCGAACAGGAACUUGGCCUUUCACGGAUUCAUCAGUGAGAGGCGCAAUGGAAGAGGCCAUCUAAGGCCUAGAGUAGGGUUCUGCAUUUGAGUUGGAAGGCACCUCCUCCUUUAAGUGGGGAAUAAAUCUCUCCUGUCCUUAUCAACACUGCAGGAAUCUGCUCUGCAAAAGGGAGCCAACUAUUAAAAUAGUUUUCAUCUUGCCAAGAGAUCACACUACAGUGUGGGUGGGCUUGGGUCAUCAAGAUUAUGUUUGUUCAGGGAACAUCUACAUCAAGUGGCAUAACAUAGUACAUAAAGAAAAUGUUCUACAUCCCACUUGGGUGAGUAGCAUCUAGAGUCUUAAAAGCUUGCAAGUGGCCAUCUAAGAUACAUCUAUUGGUCCCAUCCCACCUGGAACAAAAGGGAAUGUAGAAAACCAAACACAAGGAAAUAUUAGCCCAAAGGGUUAAAGGACCACAGAUUCCACCAGCCUAAGACCAGAAGAACUAGAUGGUGCCCAGCUACCACCACCAACUGCCCUGACAGGGAUUACAACAGAGUCCAGGACAGAGCAGGAGAAAAAUGGAGAACAGAAUUGCAAAUUCACGUAAAAAGACCAGACUUAAUUGGUCUGACAGACUGGAGGGACCCCCGAAACUACAGCCCCGGGAUGCUCUGCUAACCCAGAGCUGAAACCAUUCUCAAAACCCACUUUUCAGACAAAGAUUAGACAAGCCUAUUUUAUUUUAUUUUAUUUUAUAAAACAAAAGGUGAGGAAUGUGCUUCUUAGUUAAAGCAAAUAAUACCAGAUCAAACUGGCAGCUCCUGAAGGCAAGAAGGGACAGGAUCUGGACAAAUUGACACAAGGAACCAGGGUGGAAAGGAGUAUGCUAUCACAUUGUGUGGAUCGCAACCAAUGUUACAAAACAAUGUGUAUAAAAUUUUGAAUGAAAAAUUGAGGUGUGAAAUUUGAUCUAAAGCACACAUACACAUACACAAGACCCGGCGGGGGGAGAUGUUUGGCUGUUUCAAGGAGUGAUUCCAGAAAGUGGAUGGCCGAUUAUCCACUGUCUUGCCCCCAUGUAAGCCUUGGUGAUGGGGACGGCUGUCAUUGGAGUGUGAUGAUCAGGCCAUUCUUCUCCCUCCGGCCAUUUAGUGUAGUCUCUGGAAUAGGACUUGAUUUUGUAACUCAGUGUAUCACCAUUAGCUCUUGUCUCUUGGAUGUUUCUAAAAGUUCCAUUUGGCCAAGGGAAACUUGUUUUAAGUACAUGGGAAAUUGUGAAGCUGGGUCUAAGUAGAGAUGGUUGGGCCACUAAGGCAACAGGAUGCUGAGUGUCCUCCAGAAUGAGCCCCUCUCUUUGCCUUGGUGGAUGCAGACCACCAUUCACUCCAGUAGCAGGCCCCUGCCCAGCAGCAGUCUGGGGGAACUACUAUCUAUACUUCUGGGUUGUUUAGCUAGGGCUCCAUCCUUUGUAAAUUAAUACUGGCUUAAGUACCCCCACCCCUUCUUUGUCCAGUGUCCAGUGCCCUCCCCAAGGCAUCUGCAUGUUUUUCCACAUUACUUCUUGCCUGGAUUUCCCAUGUUCUCCUUCAGUAAGUCUUGGCUGUGUGUAGAACAUAACCUGUCUCCACUGGAACAAUAUACUUUUUAGACUUCUGCUCAGAAUUGAGGGGAGGCCUGCCAUAAGACAGCUGAGAUCUAUUUAACAACCGUGUUCUCAGAUCCAUUUGCCAUUUCUCUCUCAGGGAUUUCUCACUGGCCAAACCCCCUUCUAUGGCAAGGUCCUUUGCACAUAAUCUCAGCUGUCACCCCAAACCUCGCUAUUCUUUCCACUGUACUCCUUGUCGCAAUUCCUGCUCUCUCUGCCUUGGCCCACUUGGCUCUGCCCCGAGGCCACCUUUCCACAACUGGCCAGGCCCAUCACAACUAUUUUUCCUAACAGAUGUAGUUCUCCCCUAACAGAAAUUGUGGAUUCAAGUCUACAAACUAUUACAGUUCUUUAGGUCUUGUGGUAAGCAGACCAAUGCCCCACCCCAAAGAUGUCUACAUCCUCAUUCCCAGAACCUGUAAAUAUGUUAGAUUACAAGUAGUUCCCCCAUAUCCAUAGUUUUGCUUUCUGCAAUUUCAGUCACCCAUGGUCUGAGAAUAUUAAAUGGAAAAUUCCAGAAGUAAACAAUUCAUAAGUUUUAAAUUGAGCGCUGUUCUGAGUAGUGUGAAGAAGUCUCACACUGUCCCGCCUGGGUCGUGAUUCAUCUCAGUCCAGCGUACUCAUGCUGUAUAUGCUACGCGGCCAUCAGUCACUUAAGUAGCCAUUUUGGUUAUCAGAUCGAUUGUCACGGUAUUGCAGUGCUUGUGUUGAAAUAAUCCUUACUUUUCUUUUUUUUACUUAAUAAGGGCUCCAAAGCGCAAGUGUAGGGAGGCUGGCAAUUUGGAUAUGCCAGAGAAGCCGCAAAGUGCUUCCUUUAUAAAAGGUAAAAGGUCUUCAAAAGAUAACUUGAAGGAAGAGACUGACCACAUUCACUUAACUUUUAUUACAAUAUAUUGUUAUAAUUGUUGUAUAUUAUUAGUUAUUGUUAAUCUCUUACUAUGCACCUCAUUUAUAAAUUAAACUUUAUCAGAGGUGUAUAUGUAUAGGAAAAAAACAGUUAUACAUAGGGUUUGGUACUAUUCGCCGUUUCAGGUAUCUACUGGGGGUCUUGGAACAUAUCCUCCGCGGAUAAGGGGGGACUCCUAUGCGAAAAUGCGAGGCAAAGGGAAAUUACCAUAAGAUUGCAGAUAGACUUAAGAGUGCUGAUCAGUUGACCUUAAAACAGGGAGAUUACCCUGGAUUAUCGCGGUGGGCUCUGUGUAAUCACAGACCCAAACCAAACCAAACCAAACCCACUGCCUUCGAGUCGAUUCUGACUCAUAGCGCCCUAUAGGACAGAGUAGAACUGCCCCAUAGAGUUUCCAAGGAGCACCUGACGGAUUUGAACUGCUGUCCUCUUGGUUAGCAGCGAUAGCACUUAACUAAUACGCCACCAGGGUUUCCAUGUAAUCACAAGGGUCUUUGAAUGUGAAGGAAGGAGGCAGAAGAGCCAGUGUCAGAGAGACUUGCUUGAUGUGACAAGACUCAGCCAGCCACUGCUGGCUUAGAAAACAAAGGGGGCCAUAAGUCAAGGAAUGCAGGUGGCCUUUAGAAGCUGGAAAAGGCAAAGAAUCAGAUUGUCCCCUAGAGCCUACAGAAAGGAAGGCAGCCUGUUAACACCCUGGCUUUUAGCCUAGUGAGACCCACGUAGGACUUGUGAACUCCAGAACUCCGUAACGAUGAAACUGUUGCCUUAAGCCGCCAAGUGUGUGGUAACGUGCCACAACAGCCAGGGGUAACUGACAGGGCUCAAGCAGAAGUUUCCCUCUUUUUUACCUUAUUUCCUCGAAUUCUUGCUUGGAGUCUUUAUCUUUGCAUCCUUCCUGACAGUAGCAGAUUUCAUCCUAUGCAGACUGAUUUUCAGAGACUGGUUUAUUGAUUUAGUAAUGGGCUGGGGAAAAGCGCACAUAAGAACACACAAAAUCUAAGCUGCCGAGGCAAGGCAAUGGAUGAUGCGAAAGCUCCCUUUGACGUAACGCACACCUGACCUAAUGUGAAAAUCCAGGUUCAGGUCGAUGUCUGGGCAACGUAAACUCACAUUUGCAGCCUCAAAGUAAAAGAAAUGACUUGAAGAGCAUACUUUGUGACUUCGCCAAUGGUUUUUCACUUAAAUAGCGUCGUAUAAGUAAACAUGGUAUAUAAAAUAAUUUUAAUGGAGAUAGCGGUUUUGUGACAUAAAGGCCACCUUGGAUAUUUAGAUAAUACCACAAGGCUUUCUGAGUUUUUGUAUGUUUUGUUCAGUAAAGGGGAGGAAAGUAGGCAUCCGUUAGUGUCUACUACCAUUCUUUCGUCGAUUUUCUCAAAAGAAUUUCUUGGGUGGGAAGAGGGGGCAGGAGGUGGAGUGGGUGUGGGUAUGGUCAUUACUGAGUUGGCCAGAAAAUGCAUUUUCACAGCACAGUCUUGCUUUUACACUAUCCAGUAAGAACAUGAGUAUAUAAGUUUAUAUUUAAAAAUCAUUUUACUUUCUGAGGUUAACUGCUAACUGUGACUCUGGCGUUUUGCACACACAGAGUAAAGAGAUGAAAUGUCAUCUAUGGCCAGUGUAUAGCUUCCCAAAGUCCCACAGUUUGGGACACUUUUAAUCCACAAUGUGGAUGCGUUUUAUGGGGAACAGGUUAUACGCCAAUCAAUAUCACUGCUCUUACUACUUCAAGAUGUUGGUGGAAGGUUGUGGCUGUAAUACAAGACUCAGAUUCCACCCAGCUGGCGAUAGUAAAGUAGCCAGAAUUGUAUCCCACUUAGAAUUACAGGUGAAAAGCAGGCCGGCCUAAUAGGCUUAGAUGUGUUCUCUUUCUUCUGGAGAAGAGUCAGAAGUAAUUAAAUGAACAGUUAUGAACAUAGAAUAUUCCUCCAGGACAUUUACUUGGUUACAGUGUACUUGCCACUGGAGCCACUGCAACUCUCAGGUUUGACCUCACUUCUUCCUUUGACCCACCAACAUGCUCUGUGUCCAACUGAGAGCUGCUUUUGACAGACUAGGAGCUAACUGAGCCAUCUGCCUUUUAUAAGUCCUCCCAAGUGGUGUGAGCGACAUUCGAUUCCAGACUUUGGGCCCUCAGAUUUGGGGGUAGGAACUGUGGCCCCUGAAAAGUGGACGCUUUUCCAAGGUGAUUUUCCCAAAAUACGACCGAAAAUAAAGACAUUGCUUGCAUUCUUUAGUUUCUCUCUUGCUAAAGGCCCACCUGAUUCUUCUUAGGGCUUAUGAGACCCUGAAGGCCACUUGUACAACGAAGCACAGAGAUGCUGCUGCUUGCUGAGCAGGAUUUGAUGUGAAUGCUCCCAACCCCCGCCCCCUUCACUGUCAGAAUAAUCUGGGCAGCGGCCAAGGCAGGAGGCAAUCUGUACAUAUGUUUAAAGAAAACAACAAAAAAAAAAACCCUGAAAACAAAUAACCUUCUGAAUUCCAG